GACAGUAAUUAAUGUUUCUUAUAACGAAGUGUUUUGACAGAGAUAUUCAUUUCAUGUUUUGUCGUGUCAGUACAGAAUGUGCAUCGACGGUAAAAUCCACAUUCGUAUCUAAAUAUGACAACAAUUUCAAAUUGAAAGAUGUUUUCCAGGAAGAUCAUAAAACGGCUGAUACUAGCGCUUUUAUUAGCAUGUGUCUGUUAUUCUGUGUUUUUUGUCAUAUAUGUACUUGUAAAGUACACAAUCACAGGAAGAACAAAUACUAAAUUUAAGAGUGCAAGGGACGUGAUGGGCCUGGAAAAUGAGGUUCGAGUGUUUAACACGUCCAUGGACUUUUCAAGUGCAAAACAGAUUCACAAAUGUGUUUUUCUUAAAGUUAACACUCUGGAAAGCACACCGAUUUGUGUAUACGAUCCAGAGGUAGAUUUAUUUGUUUCCAAAUAUAUCAUCAACGUAGGGAGUUGGGAAAAGGAUCUUAUUUUGGAAGUGGUUUCCAUACUUCGCGGUGAUCCCAGUCUAGAAUUUUUGGAUUUCGGAUGUAACAUCGGGGUAUAUACUCUUGCAGUAGCAAAGUUCGGGCGUCGGGUCACAGCAAUUGAUGCCAACCGGAAGAACCUCGAGAUGCUUACUACGUCACUUCAGAUGGGAAAUCUUACUGGAAUGGUAACGCUGAUCUGGAAUGCGCUCUCCGACAAAAUAGAAUUAGUGGGAUUUAAAGAAAGGGAAACGAACGUCGGAGCUUUGCAAAUGAUAAGCGGUGUCAUGAACAACAGUAUUUUCACCGACGAGAAUAGUUCGAUAGCAAUUGCUCUAGAUGAUUUAAUGCCAUUGCUAAGGAACCGAUCCGUGAUAAUAAAAAUGGACAUAGAAGCGUUUGAACUCAAAGCCAUGAUCGGUGGAAAGAAAUUUUUUGAAGAGGUGGAUGUUAAAUUUCUUUUGAUGGAAUGGGUUCAUCAUAAAGACUCCGAUGACGGCGCCAGAAUAAUACAGUUUUUAACAUGCAGAGGGUUUCAGCCGUUUAAUCCAAUAGUGAGGUCAGUUUCGUUGAAAAUUGAAGACCGAAAGUCUUGGCCGGAGGAUGUUUUGUGGAUUAAGGAUUUAAACUGGGUUAUUUAAUGUUAUGCUAUUCUUAAUAAUAAAUAAUCCGGGUACAGAAUUAGUACUGUGUGUAACAAGUUGUGCUAUUUAUAUUGCUGUUCACUUAAAUAAACAAAAUUCUAUUAAAUAAUUAUAAACUGCAGUUUGAAGCAUCAGCAUUAUUAGUAUUGACUUUGAUAUAUAAUCUGCGCA